AACACGACUGGCACGGUAUGCGGUAACAUGUGGGAUGACGUAGAUGCUAAUGUCGUCUGCCGUCAGAUGGGAUUUUCCUCCGGAACUGCAAUCCACUUGCCACGUGAUUACACGUACAACCGCCUGUUAUAUAAUGUCAAUUGUUUCGGACACGAGUUCCAACUUCAAUCUUGUCAGGGUGAAGACUAUGAUAUGUCAGGAAUGUGUGGAUAUGCUGAUGAUGCAGGUGUUUCCUGCAGUAACAUGACCAAUGUUCAAUCAUCCGUGACGCUGGGACCUGGAGGAAGAGUGUUAGCUCACACCUCGAACGGAACAGGGACGGUGUGCAGUGACCAGUGGGAUGAUAUGGACGCUGACGUUGUUUGUCGACAGAUGGGAUAUCCUUCUGGAACUGCCAGUUUUCAUCCACGUGACUACAUGUACAAUCACGUCAUCUUUAAUGUUCGUUGUCAGGGUAACGAAAGUCAUGUAGAGCAAUGUCCAGUGGACCACUCGGACAUGUUUGGAAACUGUGCUUAUCAUGGUGACGCCGGGGUUAAUUGCAUGAAUACGUCUCACGCUAUGCAAUCCAUUGUAUCUGUCGGACCCAGUGGAAGAGUAUUUGUUCACAGUAACACGACUGGCACGGUAUGCGGUAACAUGUGGGAUGACGUAGAUGCUAAUGUCGUUUGCCGUCAGAUGGGAUUUUCCUCCGGAACUGCAAUCCACUUGCCACGUGAUUACACGUACAACCGCCUGUUAUAUAAUGUCAAUUGUUUCGGACACGAGUUCCAACUUCAAUCUUGUCAGGGUGAAGACUAUGAUAUGUCAGGAAUGUGUGGAUAUGCUGAUGAUGCAGGUGUUUCCUGCAGUAACAUGACCAGUGUUCAAUCAUCCGUGACGCUGGGACCUGGAGGAAGAGUGUUAGCUCACACCUCGAACGGAACAGGGACGGUGUGCAGUGACCAGUGGGAUGAUAUGGACGCUGACGUUGUUUGUCGACAGAUGGGAUAUCCUUCUGGAACUGCCAGUUUUCAUCCACGUGACUACAUGUACAAUCACGUCAUCUUUAAUGUUCGUUGUCAGGGUAACGAAAGUCAUGUAGAGCAAUGUCCAGUGGACCACUCGGACAUGUUUGGAAACUGUGCUUAUCAUGGUGACGCCGGGGUUAAUUGCAUGAAUACGUCUCACGCUAUGCAAUCCAUUGUAUCUGUCGGACCCAGUGGAAGAGUAUUUGUUCACAGUAACACGACUGGCACGGUAUGCGGUAACAUGUGGGAUGACGUAGAUGCUAAUGUCGUUUGCCGUCAGAUGGGAUUUUCCUCCGGAACUGCAAUCCACUUGCCACGUGAUUACACGUACAACCGCCUGUUAUAUAAUGUCAAUUGUUUCGGACACGAGUUCCAACUUCAAUCUUGUCAGGGUGAAGACUAUGAUAUGUCAGGAAUGUGUGGAUAUGCUGAUGAUGCAGGUGUUUCCUGCAGUAACAUGACCAGUGUUCAAUCAUCCGUGACGCUGGGACCUGGAGGAAGAGUGUUAGCUCACACCUCGAACGGAACAGGGACGGUGUGCAGUGACCAGUGGGAUGAUAUGGACGCUGACGUUGUUUGUCGACAGAUGGGAUAUCCUUCUGGAACUGCCAGUUUUCAUCCACGUGACUACAUGUACAAUCACGUCAUCUUUAAUGUUCGUUGUCAGGGUAACGAAAGUCAUGUAGAGCAAUGUCCAGUGGACCACUCGGACAUGUUUGGAAACUGUGCUUAUCAUGGUGACGCCGGGGUUAAUUGCAUGAAUACGUCUCACGCUAUGCAAUCCAUUGUAUCUGUCGGACCCAGUGGAAGAGUAUUUGUUCACAGUAACACGACUGGCACGGUAUGCGGUAACAUGUGGGAUGACGUAGAUGCUAAUGUCGUUUGCCGUCAGAUGGGAUUUUCCUCCGGAACUGCAAUCCACUUGCCACGUGAUUACACGUACAACCGCCUGUUAUAUAAUGUCAAUUGUUUCGGACACGAGUUCCAACUUCAAUCUUGUCAGGGUGAAGACUAUGAUAUGUCAGGAAUGUGUGGAUAUGCUGAUGAUGCAGGUGUUUCCUGCAGUAACAUGACCAGUGUUCAAUCAUCCGUGACGCUGGGACCUGGAGGAAGAGUGUUAGCUCACACCUCGAACGGAACAGGGACGGUGUGCAGUGACCAGUGGGAUGAUAUGGACGCUGACGUUGUUUGUCGACAGAUGGGAUAUCCUUCUGGAACUGCCAGUUUUCAUCCACGUGACUACAUGUACAAUCACGUCAUCUUUAAUGUUCGUUGUCAGGGUAACGAAAGUCAUGUAGAGCAAUGUCCAGUGGACCACUCGGACAUGUUUGGAAACUGUGCUUAUCAUGGUGACGCCGGGGUUAAUUGCAUGAAUACGUCUCACGCUAUGCAAUCCAUUGUAUCUGUCGGACCCAGUGGAAGAGUAUUUGUUCACAGUAACACGACUGGCACGGUAUGCGGUAACAUGUGGGAUGACGUAGAUGCUAAUGUCGUUUGCCGUCAGAUGGGAUUUUCCUCCGGAACUGCAAUCCACUUGCCACGUGAUUACACGUACAACCGCCUGUUAUAUAAUGUCAAUUGUUUCGGACACGAGUUCCAACUUCAAUCUUGUCAGGGUGAAGACUAUGAUAUGUCAGGAAUGUGUGGAUAUGCUGAUGAUGCAGGUGUUUCCUGCAGUAACAUGACCAGUGUUCAAUCAUCCGUGACGCUGGGACCUGGAGGAAGAGUGUUAGCUCACACCUCGAACGGAACAGGGACGGUGUGCAGUGACCAGUGGGAUGAUAUGGACGCUGACGUUGUUUGUCGACAGAUGGGAUAUCCUUCUGGAACUGCCAGUUUUCAUCCACGUGACUACAUGUACAAUCACGUCAUCUUUAAUGUUCGUUGUCAGGGUAACGAAAGUCAUGUAGAGCAAUGUCCAGUGGACCACUCGGACAUGUUUGGAAACUGUGCUUAUCAUGGUGACGCCGGGGUUAAUUGCAUGAAUACGUCUCACGCUAUGCAAUCCAUUGUAUCUGUCGGACCCAGUGGAAGAGUAUUUGUUCACAGUAACACGACUGGCACGGUAUGCGGUAACAUGUGGGAUGACGUAGAUGCUAAUGUCGUCUGCCGUCAGAUGGGAUUUUCCUCCGGAACUGCAAUCCACUUGCCACGUGAUUACACGUACAACCGCCUGUUAUAUAAUGUCAAUUGUUUCGGACACGAGUCCCAACUUCAAUCUUGUCAGGGUGAAGACUAUGAUAUGUCAGGAAUGUGUGGAUAUGCUGAUGAUGCAGGUGUUUCCUGCAGUAACAUGACCAGUGUUCAAUCAUCCGUGACGCUGGGACCUGGAGGAAGAGUGUUAGCUCACACCUCGAACGGAACAGGGACGGUGUGCAGUGACCAGUGGGAUGAUAUGGACGCUGACGUUGUUUGUCGACAGAUGGGAUAUCCUUCUGGAACUGCCAGUUUUCAUCCACGUGACUACAUGUACAAUCACGUCAUCUUUAAUGUUCGUUGUCAGGGUAACGAAAGUCAUGUAGAGCAAUGUCCAGUGGACCACUCGGACAUGUUUGGAAACUGUGCUUAUCAUGGUGACGCCGGGGUUAAUUGCAUGAAUACGUCUCACGCUAUGCAAUCCAUUGUAUCUGUCGGACCCAGUGGAAGAGUAUUUGUUCACAGUAACACGACUGGCACGGUAUGCGGUAACAUGUGGGAUGACGUAGAUGCUAAUGUCGUCUGCCGUCAGAUGGGAUUUUCCUCCGGAACUGCAAUCCACUUGCCACGUGAUUACACGUACAACCGCCUGUUAUAUAAUGUCAAUUGUUUCGGACACGAGUCCCAACUUCAAUCUUGUCAGGGUGAAGACUAUGAUAUGUCAGGAAUGUGUGGAUAUGCUGAUGAUGCAGGUGUUUCCUGCAGUAACAUGACCAGUGUUCAAUCAUCCGUGACGCUGGGACCUGGAGGAAGAGUGUUAGCUCACACCUCGAACGGAACAGGGACGGUGUGCAGUGACCAGUGGGAUGAUAUGGACGCUGACGUUGUUUGUCGACAGAUGGGAUAUCCUUCUGGAACUGCCAGUUUUCAUCCACGUGACUACAUGUACAAUCACGUCAUCUUUAAUGUUCGUUGUCAGGGUAACGAAAGUCAUGUAGAGCAAUGUCCAGUGGACCACUCGGACAUGUUUGGAAACUGUGCUUAUCAUGGUGACGCCGGAGUUAAUUGCAUGAAUACGUCUCACGCUAUGCAAUCCAUUGUAUCUGUCGGACCCAGUGGAAGAGUAUUUGUUCACAGUAACACGACUGGCACGGUAUGCGGUAACAUGUGGGAUGACGUAGAUGCUAAUGUCGUCUGCCGUCAGAUGGGAUUUUCCUCCGGAACUGCAAUCCACUUGCCACGUGAUUACACGUACAACCGCCUGUUAUAUAAUGUCAAUUGUUUCGGACACGAGUCCCAACUUCAAUCUUGUCAGGGUGAAGACUAUGACAUGUCAGGAAUGUGUGGAUAUGCUGAUGAUGCAGGUGUUUCCUGCAGUAACAUGACCAGUGUUCAAUCAUCCGUGACGCUGGGACCUGGAGGAAGAGUGUUAGCUCACACCUCGAACGGAACAGGGACGGUGUGCAGUGACCAGUGGGAUGAUAUGGACGCUGACGUUGUUUGUCGACAGAUGGGAUAUCCUUCUGGAACUGCCAGUUUUCAUCCACGUGACUACAUGUACAAUCACGUCAUCUUUAAUGUUCGUUGUCAGGGUAACGAAAGUCAUGUAGAGCAAUGUCCAGUGGACCACUCGGACAUGUUUGGAAACUGUGCUUAUCAUGGUGACGCCGGAGUUAAUUGCAUGAAUACGUCUCACGCUAUGCAAUCCAUUGUAUCUGUCGGACCCAGUGGAAGAGUAUUUGUUCACAGUAACACGACUGGCACGGUAUGCGGUAACAUGUGGGAUGACGUAGAUGCUAAUGUCGUCUGCCGUCAGAUGGGAUUUUCCUCCGGAACUGCAAUCCACUUGCCACGUGAUUACACGUACAACCGCCUGUUAUAUAAUGUCAAUUGUUUCGGACACGAGUCCCAACUUCAAUCUUGUCAGGGUGAAGACUAUGACAUGUCAGGAAUGUGUGGAUAUGCUGAUGAUGCAGGUGUUUCCUGCAGUAACAUGACCAGUGUUCAAUCAUCCGUGACGCUGGGACCUGGAGGAAGAGUGUUAGCUCACACCUCGAACGGAACAGGGACGGUGUGCAGUGACCAGUGGGAUGAUAUGGACGCUGACGUUGUUUGUCGACAGAUGGGAUAUCCUUCUGGAACUGCCAGUUUUCAUCCACGUGACUACAUGUACAAUCACGUCAUCUUUAAUGUUCGUUGUCAGGGUAACGAAAGUCAUGUAGAGCAAUGUCCAGUGGACCACUCGGACAUGUUUGGAAACUGUGCUUAUCAUGGUGACGCCGGGGUUAAUUGCAUGAAUACGUCUCACGCUAUGCAAUCCAUUGUAUCUGUCGGACCCAGUGGAAGAGUAUUUGUUCACAGUAACACGACUGGCACGGUAUGCGGUAACAUGUGGGAUGACGUAGAUGCUAAUGUCGUCUGCCGUCAGAUGGGAUUUUCCUCCGGAACUGCAAUCCACUUGCCACGUGAUUACACGUACAACCGCCUGUUAUAUAAUGUCAAUUGUUUCGGACACGAGUCCCAACUUCAAUCUUGUCAGGGUGAAGACUAUGACAUGUCAGGAAUGUGUGGAUAUGCUGAUGAUGCAGGUGUUUCCUGCAGUAACAUGACCAGUGUUCAAUCAUCCGUGACGCUGGGACCUGGAGGAAGAGUGUUAGCUCACACCUCGAACGGAACAGGGACGGUGUGCAGUGACCAGUGGGAUGAUAUGGACGCUGACGUUGUUUGUCGACAGAUGGGAUAUCCUUCUGGAACUGCCAGUUUUCAUCCACGUGACUACAUGUACAAUCACGUCAUCUUUAAUGUUCGUUGUCAGGGUAACGAAAGUCAUGUAGAGCAAUGUCCAGUGGACCACUCGGACAUGUUUGGAAACUGUGCUUAUCAUGGUGACGCCGGGGUUAAUUGCAUGAAUACGUCUCACGCUAUGCAAUCCAUUGUAUCUGUCGGACCCAGUGGAAGAGUAUUUGUUCACAGUAACACGACUGGCACGGUAUGCGGUAACAUGUGGGAUGACGUAGAUGCUAAUGUCGUCUGCCGUCAGAUGGGAUUUUCCUCCGGAACUGCAAUCCACUUGCCACGUGAUUACACGCACAACCGCCUGUUAUAUAAUGUCAAUUGUUUCGGACACGAGUCCCAACUUCAAUCUUGUCAGGGUGAAGACUAUGACAUGUCAGGAAUGUGUGGAUAUGCUGAUGAUGCAGGUGUUUCCUGCAGUAACAUGACCAGUGUUCAAUCAUCCGUGACGCUGGGACCUGGAGGAAGAGUGUUAGCUCACACCUCGAACGGAACAGGGACGGUGUGCAGUGACCAGUGGGAUGAUAUGGACGCUGACGUUGUUUGUCGACAGAUGGGAUAUCCUUCUGGAACUGCCAGUUUUCAUCCACGUGACUACAUGUACAAUCACGUCAUCUUUAAUGUUCGUUGUCAGGGUAACGAAAGUCAUGUAGAGCAAUGUCCAGUGGACCACUCGGACAUGUUUGGAAACUGUGCUUAUCAUGGUGACGCCGGAGUUAAUUGCAUGAAUACGUCUCACGCUAUGCAAUCCAUUGUAUCUGUCGGACCCAGUGGAAGAGUAUUUGUUCACAGUAACACGACUGGCACGGUAUGCGGUAACAUGUGGGAUGACGUAGAUGCUAAUGUCGUCUGCCGUCAGAUGGGAUUUUCCUCCGGAACUGCAAUCCACUUGCCACGUGAUUACACGUACAACCGCCUGUUAUAUAAUGUCAAUUGUUUCGGACACGAGUCCCAACUUCAAUCUUGUCAGGGUGAAGACUAUGACAUGUCAGGAAUGUGUGGAUAUGCUGAUGAUGCAGGUGUUUCCUGCAGUAACAUGACCAGUGUUCAAUCAUCCGUGACGCUGGGACCUGGAGGAAGAGUGUUAGCUCACACCUCGAACGGAACAGGGACGGUGUGCAGUGACCAGUGGGAUGAUAUGGACGCUGACGUUGUUUGUCGACAGAUGGGAUAUCCUUCUGGAACUGCCAGUUUUCAUCCACGUGACUACAUGUACAAUCACGUCAUCUUUAAUGUUCGUUGUCAGGGUAACGAAAGUCAUGUAGAGCAAUGUCCAGUGGACCACUCGGACAUGUUUGGAAACUGUGCUUAUCAUGGUGACGCCGGGGUUAAUUGCAUGAAUACGUCUCACGCUAUGCAAUCCAUUGUAUCUGUCGGACCCAGUGGAAGAGUAUUUGUUCACAGUAACACGACUGGCACGGUAUGCGGUAACAUGUGGGAUGACGUAGAUGCUAAUGUCGUCUGCCGUCAGAUGGGAUUUUCCUCCGGAACUGCAAUCCACUUGCCACGUGAUUACACGUACAACCGCCUGUUAUAUAAUGUCAAUUGUUUCGGACACGAGUCCCAACUUCAAUCUUGUCAGGGUGAAGACUAUGACAUGUCAGGAAUGUGUGGAUAUGCUGAUGAUGCAGGUGUUUCCUGCAGUAACAUGACCAGUGUUCAAUCAUCCGUGACGCUGGGACCUGGAGGAAGAGUGUUAGCUCACACCUCGAACGGAACAGGGACGGUGUGCAGUGACCAGUGGGAUGAUAUGGACGCUGACGUUGUUUGUCGACAGAUGGGAUAUCCUUCUGGAACUGCCAGUUUUCAUCCACGUGACUACAUGUACAAUCACGUCAUCUUUAAUGUUCGUUGUCAGGGUAACGAAAGUCAUGUAGAGCAAUGUCCAGUGGACCACUCGGACAUGUUUGGAAACUGUGCUUAUCAUGGUGACGCCGGGGUUAAUUGCAUGAAUACGUCUCACGCUAUGCAAUCCAUUGUAUCUGUCGGACCCAGUGGAAGAGUAUUUGUUCACAGUAACACGACUGGCACGGUAUGCGGUAACAUGUGGGAUGACGUAGAUGCUAAUGUCGUCUGCCGUCAGAUGGGAUUUUCCUCCGGAACUGCAAUCCACUUGCCACGUGAUUACACGCACAACCGCCUGUUAUAUAAUGUCAAUUGUUUCGGACACGAGUCCCAACUUCAAUCUUGUCAGGGUGAAGACUAUGACAUGUCAGGAAUGUGUGGAUAUGCUGAUGAUGCAGGUGUUUCCUGCAGUAACAUGACCAGUGUUCAAUCAUCCGUGACGCUGGGACCUGGAGGAAGAGUGUUAGCUCACACCUCGAACGGAACAGGGACGGUGUGCAGUGACCAGUGGGAUGAUAUGGACGCUGACGUUGUUUGUCGACAGAUGGGAUAUCCUUCUGGAACUGCCAGUUUUCAUCCACGUGACUACAUGUACAAUCACGUCAUCUUUAAUGUUCGUUGUCAGGGUAACGAAAGUCAUGUAGAGCAAUGUCCAGUGGACCACUCGGACAUGUUUGGAAACUGUGCUUAUCAUGGUGACGCCGGGGUUAAUUGCAUGAAUACGUCUCACGCUAUGCAAUCCAUUGUAUCUGUCGGACCCAGUGGAAGAGUAUUUGUUCACAGUAACACGACUGGCACGGUAUGCGGUAACAUGUGGGAUGACGUAGAUGCUAAUGUCGUCUGCCGUCAGAUGGGAUUUUCCUCCGGAACUGCAAUCCACUUGCCACGUGAUUACACGUACAACCGCCUGUUAUAUAAUGUCAAUUGUUUCGGACACGAGUCCCAACUUCAAUCUUGUCAGGGUGAAGACUAUGACAUGUCAGGAAUGUGUGGAUAUGCUGAUGAUGCAGGUGUUUCCUGCAGUAACAUGACCAGUGUUCAAUCAUCCGUGACGCUGGGACCUGGAGGAAGAGUGUUAGCUCACACCUCGAACGGAACAGGGACGGUGUGCAGUGACCAGUGGGAUGAUAUGGACGCUGACGUUGUUUGUCGACAGAUGGGAUAUCCUUCUGGAACUGCCAGUUUUCAUCCACGUGACUACAUGUACAAUCACGUCAUCUUUAAUGUUCGUUGUCAGGGUAACGAAAGUCAUGUAGAGCAAUGUCCAGUGGACCACUCGGACAUGUUUGGAAACUGUGCUUAUCAUGGUGACGCCGGGGUUAAUUGCAUGAAUACGUCUCACGCUAUGCAAUCCAUUGUAUCUGUCGGACCCAGUGGAAGAGUAUUUGUUCACAGUAACACGACUGGCACGGUAUGCGGUAACAUGUGGGAUGACGUAGAUGCUAAUGUCGUCUGCCGUCAGAUGGGAUUUUCCUCCGGAACUGCAAUCCACUUGCCACGUGAUUACACGUACAACCGCCUGUUAUAUAAUGUCAAUUGUUUCGGACACGAGUCCCAACUUCAAUCUUGUCAGGGUGAAGACUAUGACAUGUCAGGAAUGUGUGGAUAUGCUGAUGAUGCAGGUGUUUCCUGCAGUAACAUGACCAGUGUUCAAUCAUCCGUGACGCUGGGACCUGGAGGAAGAGUGUUAGCUCACACCUCGAACGGAACAGGGACGGUGUGCAGUGACCAGUGGGAUGAUAUGGACGCUGACGUUGUUUGUCGACAGAUGGGAUAUCCUUCUGGAACUGCCAGUUUUCAUCCACGUGACUACAUGUACAAUCACGUCAUCUUUAAUGUUCGUUGUCAGGGUAACGAAAGUCAUGUAGAGCAAUGUCCAGUGGACCACUCGGACAUGUUUGGAAACUGUGCUUAUCAUGGUGACGCCGGGGUUAAUUGCAUGAAUACGUCUCACGCUAUGCAAUCCAUUGUAUCUGUCGGACCCAGUGGAAGAGUAUUUGUUCACAGUAACACGACUGGCACGGUAUGCGGUAACAUGUGGGAUGACGUAGAUGCUAAUGUCGUCUGCCGUCAGAUGGGAUUUUCCUCCGGAACUGCAAUCCACUUGCCACGUGAUUACACGUACAACCGCCUGUUAUAUAAUGUCAAUUGUUUCGGACACGAGUCCCAACUUCAAUCUUGUCAGGGUGAAGACUAUGACAUGUCAGGAAUGUGUGGAUAUGCUGAUGAUGCAGGUGUUUCCUGCAGUAACAUGACCAGUGUUCAAUCAUCCGUGACGCUGGGACCUGGAGGAAGAGUGUUAGCUCACACCUCGAACGGAACAGGGACGGUGUGCAGUGACCAGUGGGAUGAUAUGGACGCUGACGUUGUUUGUCGACAGAUGGGAUAUCCUUCUGGAACUGCCAGUUUUCAUCCACGUGACUACAUGUACAAUCACGUCAUCUUUAAUGUUCGUUGUCAGGGUAACGAAAGUCAUGUAGAGCAAUGUCCAGUGGACCACUCGGACAUGUUUGGAAACUGUGCUUAUCAUGGUGACGCCGGAGUUAAUUGCAUGAAUACGUCUCACGCUAUGCAAUCCAUUGUAUCUGUCGGACCCAGUGGAAGGGUAUUUGUUCACAGUAACACGACUGGCACGGUAUGCGGUAACAUGUGGGAUGACGUAGAUGCUAAUGUCGUCUGCCGUCAGAUGGGAUUUUCCUCCGGAACUGCAAUCCACUUGCCACGUGAUUACACGUACAACCGCCUGUUAUAUAAUGUCAAUUGUUUCGGACACGAGUCCCAACUUCAAUCUUGUCAGGGUGAAGACUAUGACAUGUCAGGAAUGUGUGGAUAUGCUGAUGAUGCAGGUGUUUCCUGCAGUAACAUGACCAGUGUUCAAUCAUCCGUGACGCUGGGACCUGGAGGAAGAGUGUUAGCUCACACCUCGAACGGAACAGGGACGGUGUGCAGUGACCAGUGGGAUGAUAUGGACGCUGACGUUGUUUGUCGACAGAUGGGAUAUCCUUCUGGAACUGCCAGUUUUCAUCCACGUGACUACAUGUACAAUCACGUCAUCUUUAAUGUUCGUUGUCAGGGUAACGAAAGUCAUGUAGAGCAAUGUCCAGUGGACCACUCGGACAUGUUUGGAAACUGUGCUUAUCAUGGUGACGCCGGGGUUAAUUGCAUGAAUACGUCUCACGCUAUGCAAUCCAUUGUAUCUGUCGGACCCAGUGGAAGAGUAUUUGUUCACAGUAACACGACUGGCACGGUAUGCGGUAACAUGUGGGAUGACGUAGAUGCUAAUGUCGUCUGCCGUCAGAUGGGAUUUUCCUCCGGAACUGCAAUCCACUUGCCACGUGAUUACACGUACAACCGCCUGUUAUAUAAUGUCAAUUGUUUCGGACACGAGUCCCAACUUCAAUCUUGUCAGGGUGAAGACUAUGACAUGUCAGGAAUGUGUGGAUAUGCUGAUGAUGCAGGUGUUUCCUGCAGUAACAUGACCAGUGUUCAAUCAUCCGUGACGCUGGGACCUGGAGGAAGAGUGUUAGCUCACACCUCGAACGGAACAGGGACGGUGUGCAGUGACCAGUGGGAUGAUAUGGACGCUGACGUUGUUUGUCGACAGAUGGGAUAUCCUUCUGGAACUGCCAGUUUUCAUCCACGUGACUACAUGUACAAUCACGUCAUCUUUAAUGUUCGUUGUCAGGGUAACGAAAGUCAUGUAGAGCAAUGUCCAGUGGACCACUCGGACAUGUUUGGAAACUGUGCUUAUCAUGGUGACGCCGGGGUUAAUUGCAUGAAUACGUCUCACGCUAUGCAAUCCAUUGUAUCUGUCGGACCCAGUGGAAGAGUAUUUGUUCACAGUAACACGACUGGCACGGUAUGCGGUAACAUGUGGGAUGACGUAGAUGCUAAUGUCGUCUGCCGUCAGAUGGGAUUUUCCUCCGGAACUGCAAUCCACUUGCCACGUGAUUACACGUACAACCGCCUGUUAUAUAAUGUCAAUUGUUUCGGACACGAGUCCCAACUUCAAUCUUGUCAGGGUGAAGACUAUGACAUGUCAGGAAUGUGUGGAUAUGCUGAUGAUGCAGGUGUUUCCUGCAGUAACAUGACCAGUGUUCAAUCAUCCGUGACGCUGGGACCUGGAGGAAGAGUGUUAGCUCACACCUCGAACGGAACAGGGACGGUGUGCAGUGACCAGUGGGAUGAUAUGGACGCUGACGUUGUUUGUCGACAGAUGGGAUAUCCUUCUGGAACUGCCAGUUUUCAUCCACGUGACUACAUGUACAAUCACGUCAUCUUUAAUGUUCGUUGUCAGGGUAACGAAAGUCAUGUAGAGCAAUGUCCAGUGGACCACUCGGACAUGUUUGGAAACUGUGCUUAUCAUGGUGACGCCGGGGUUAAUUGCAUGAAUACCACUCAAGGUUGA